UCCAGUGGCAGGAGGCAGCUAUGGCGGCCGCGGUAGGAGGCGAAGGAGCGGGAGCCCCGCCGCUGCCACCAGCGGGCCUCGUGCUUACCCGGCCCGGCCGGCGUGGCGUCCGCGGGGGGGUGGUCAGCAUCUUGGCCCAGCUCCGGCAGGGGCAGCUCAGCGGCCGUGGCCUGACGAGGGGGGCGCAGAUUGCAGAAACUUUGUUAAAGGAAAGAGACAAACAAGCAAAGUGGAAUGGAAUUCCUUUACUCUUAAAGAAGCUGUAUGAGAAUAGCCAUCCCAAUAGUGACUUUUCCCAGUGCCAAAGUAUCUUGAAGGAAAUUUCCCCCCUCCUUUCCAUGGAAGCCAUGGCAUUUGUUACAGAAGAGAGAAAAGUUACUCAAGAAUCUACUUUUCCAAAUACAUACACAUUUGACUUGUUUGGAGGAGUUGAUCUGUUAGUAGAAAUACUUAUGAGACCAACACUUAUUACACAGAAGAAGAAACCGAAAAUAAGUGAUGACCUUAUCAAGGAUUGCUUAAGCAUAUUGUACAACACUUGUAUAUGUACUGAAGGAGUCACUAAGCGAUUGGCAGAAAGAAAUGAUUUUGUUCUCUUCUUGUUUACAUUGAUGACAAACAAAAAGACAUUCCUGCAAACAGCCACCCUUAUUGAAGAUAUCCUGGGUGUAAAAAAGGAGAUGAUUCAGUUAGAGGAUAUUCCAAAUCUCUCCAGCCUCGUAUCUAGUUUUGAUCAACAGCAGCUUGCUAAUUUCUGCAGGAUCCUUGCAGUUACAAUUUCAGAGCUUGACACAGGAAGUGAUGACAAACACACACUACUGGCAAAAAAUGCCCAGCAGAAAAAGAAUUUGGGUCCUUCUCGAGCAGAAAUGAAUCAAGCUACACUUCUUGAUAUACCAGGCUUCAUUGAGCGAUUAUGUAAACUAGCAACAAGGAAAGUGUCAGAAACAACGGGAAAUUCAAGCUUUCUUCAGGAGCUAGAGGAAUGGUACACUUGGCUAGACAACGCACUUGUGCUUGAUGCACUAAUGCGUGUGGCAGACGAAGAGACGGAGCAGAGCAGCACAGAAUCUUCAGAUGAGAGUGGAUUUGCAAAUACCUCAACCAGGAAUCAACUUCCACAGUCCAUGAAGAUUAUGCACGAGAUUAUGUACAAGUUGGAAGUGUUGUAUGUUCUCUGUGUGCUUUUAAUGGGCAGGCAGAGGAAUCAGGUUCACAAAAUGAUUGCAGAAUAUAAAUUGAUCCCUGGCCUUAAUAAUUUGUUUGACAAAUUGAUCUGGCGGAAGCAUUCGGCAUCAGCCUUUGUUCUACAUGGGCAUAGUCAAAACUGCGACUGUAGCCCGGAUAUUACUUUGAAGAUUCAGUUUCUGCGGCUACUUCAGAGUUUUAGUGAUCAUCAUGAGAACAAGUAUCUGCUUUUAAACAGCCAGGAGCUUAAUGAGCUGAGUGCAAUCUCCCUCAAAGCCAAUAUCCCUGAAGUGGAUGCUGUUAUCAACACAGACAGAAGUUUAGUCUGUGAUGGGAAAAGAGGGCUGCUCACCAGACUGCUGCAGGUGAUGAAGAAGGAGCCAGCCGAAUCCUCAUUCAGGUUCUGGCAAGCAAGGGCAGUUGAGAGUUUCUUACGAGGUGCUACUUCCUAUGCAGAUCAGAUGUUCCUGUUAAAAAGAGGGCUUCUUGAGCAUAUUCUUUAUUGCAUAGUGGACAGCGAGUGCAAAUCGCGAGAUGUCCUUCAGAGUUACUUUGACCUUUUGGGCGAACUAAUGAAAUUCAACAUUGAUGCUUUCAAGAGAUUUAACAAGUACAUCAAUACAGAUGAAAAGUUUCAGAUAUUUUUGCAUCAGAUCAACAGUUCGUUAGUUGAUUCUAACAUGCUGGUUCGUUGUAUUACUUUGUCUCUGGACCGGUUCGAAAGCCAGUCGGAUAUUAAAGUUGCAGAAGUCUUGUCUGAGUGCCGCCUGCUCUCAUACAUGUCACAGAUAAACAUGAGAAUGUCCUUCCUUUUUCGGCUCAUUAAUAUUAUUCAUGUACAGACUCUCACGCAGGAAAAUGUUAGUUGUUUGAAUACAAGUUUAGUUAUUUUAAUGCUGGCCCGAAGGAAAGACAAGCUCCCCUUCUAUCUGCGUAAGCUGCAGGAGAUGGAGUACAUGGAGAAGUACCCCGGCUUCAUCCUAAAUAACUUCCACAGUCUUCUGCGUUUCUGGCAACAGCAUUACCUCAACAAGGACAAAGACAGCACCUGCUUAGAAAACAGUUCAUGUAUUAGUUUUUCCUACUGGAAGGAGACUGUGUCUAUACUGCUGGGUCCAGAUCAGACAUCACCUUGUGCCAUAGUUAGCUACAUUGACAAGGCAUACAUGGACAUCGACAGAGAUUUCACCGAGGAGUGAGCCUCCGACUUCCAACGAACUGUUCUUCAGAGGGAAUCUUGCAGGCAAUGGAUUUUCAGGGAUAGACUGUGUGUACUGUGUGCUCCAGUUUGGGACUGUGGAAUGUUACCACACUUUUCUUCUUCCCACCUCCUCCCAGCUCUCUUCAAAGAACAAGACUCUGCAAACUUCCCGGGCAACAUAUUCAGGGAUGUUCGUGAUCUGUAAAGAAUUGCCUGCGAAAAGCCCAACCUUUCCUGCUCAGUAUGGCUAGAAUCAGUUGGAUUUGCUAGAAUGGGAUUCUUGAGACAUGCAGUUAUUAGCUGUGGCACUUCCUUCCAGUUUUAUCAGAAUUAGAUUUUAAGCACAGACAACUUUUCGGGCCAUCUGUACUCAAACAGGCCGGUGUUAUGGGCACAAGGAAUGCACACCAGACACACAAAGCCACCGUUGAAGGGUAUUUUAGGCUUUCUUUUGUAUUAAGACUUAGAACUGACUAUUUGGGGGGCUUUAUUUUGUUUUAAUUCUUGGAGGUAAUAGCUCUUUGCAAAACUGUUUUGGAAUUGUUCCCUCAUAAUCUGUGCCCAGACCUCCUAUUUUGUUGCGUUGUGGUAUUGCAUUCAGAAGUAUCUCUGUUCCUGCUCUCCGUUCUGUGGAAAUCUCUUGUCUCCAGCUGAUUUUUACAGUGUUGUGUAGAACAGACAUACAUUGUGCUGAUGGAAUUAGUCUGAAACCUAGAUUGUCUGGGAGCUAAUUUAAAAUUUACUGAUUCUCCCCUCAAACCCCCCCCCCCCUUUAAUUAUUGCAGCCUGACCAUUUGUCAAUAACCAGUGUGAGCCGAACGUUGCCAUCUGCCAUCCUGCUUUGGCUGAAUAUACAAUUCAUCUUGAACAGGAGUCGUGCUAACCUGCAAUUCUGGGAACGAAGGCUUAGGCUACAAUUGCAAAUUAACUCCUUUAAUUCUAUUGUAUGUGUUUUUAUUCCUGAAAUAUAAUAGCUAACAGAAGUUGUCCACUCUUCAUCUCUUGGUAUUGGUAUCAGAUGCUGCCACUGCUAUUGGAUUAACCUUGAGCUUCAGAUGAAUCCUGAACUUGCUGUUGUAACUGCCAGUAUUAAAGCAGGCUACUUGAAAUAUGAAUAAUGUUUGGAGUUUGUUUAAGAAAAACCUCUCCAGAGUGACCUUGUUGUUGCAAUACUGUGCUAAAGCACUUUAAAGGGUUUUCGAAAGCAUUGCAAACCCUUUUCUUUCCCACAGUUUUAAUUAUUCCAGUUGCCCCUUGAUGUGUAAAUUGACACUUCUGAAAUAAUUUUCCUUUACAGAGGAAAGGGUCCAUGUAUCAGGCACUGUGACACAAUGAUCUCUGAAGGAAAAAUAAAUGCAGAGGAAUUGGCCUCAGCUACACAAAUGGUUCUGUGAUGUCCACAGGCAAUCAUUGUGGGGAAAGGAUAAUUUAACCUACUUAUUUCCUCUCCCAUCAUCUUUGUCCUGUCCUGUUUGCUGCACCUUAUUUUCAGGCCAGAGUAAUGGGGAGAGCAUCUGUGUGUCGUUGGGUUUGACACCAAUAUUAAUUAUCGAAAUAUUUUCUGUUGAAAAACAAAACUGAAGCCUCCCACUUCUGAAAUCAAAAGAAGAGUAUAAUUUUCACACAAAGUCUGAUCUUGAUUUGAAGGCUCCAAAUUUGUUGGGCAUCUGUUAGCGUAACAGAGCGAUACUCGCAGUGCUUUAUGCUUGUCAUCCUUUGCAGUUCACCUUCAAAUGCAGCAUUAAAUGAACCCUUGGUGCAAACAGUGUACCUGUAGUCUUUAAAGGAAGAAAUAUAGGAAAUAUAUGUUUAAACAUCUCUUUGAGGAACUUAGUUCCAUUGUUUUGGCUUCACACAACCUUCACAUGCCUGUGACAGAUGCCACUCUCAAACGAGUCCUUAAGUUGGGAGAGGCUUUGACGCGUGUAACCUCCUCUGGAUUUGAAGUCUUUCUUUUCUGGGUUAACUGUGUAAUAGCUGAACACAUCAAGAUAAACUCUUAAAUAAGUACGGAUAUCUUUUUCAGCAGUUGCCAGUAUCAUAUCCAUAUUUCACUGCCACAAAUAAGAAUCACUAAAACCUAAUAUUUAUCUUGUUUUCCCCUUAAUGGUCAGGCUGCUUUUUUAUCCUUACUGUUUGGCUUACAUGAGGCUGAUCUUUCUAGUGAAAACUCCUUCGCUACUUCUGGGGGCAGGUCGGUGGUUUCAGCCUCUCAUGCUCUGUACAAGUUUUGGGUUUAUUGGUAUCUGCUGUUUCAAGGACAUGAGUUGGGAAUAUUUGACUCAGGCCAUACCAUUUGCCUUCUAGUUCUCACAAGGAGCUUCUGGAUCUAAAAAUUCUUCUGUCACUGCUACUCCUGUGGAACCUUCUCUGCACAUGUUUAGAGACUGCAAUGAAAAAUCGGAUUAAAUGCAAAUGACUGUUGUGAAGAGUGAUACCCAUAAGUAAACAUGUGGCUGGAAAACUAAAGAGGCCCCGAUGACUAAGCUGACUUUGGUUUGGUUAUGGCUUAAAGGAAUGGCAGAAGUGGUCAGCAAACGUUCCUGGAAAUUUUAAAUAUGUUAAAUGGACUGAUGUUCAUGCUGCUCAGAUUAAUGCUGAUUUACUAACAGCACAUAAACAUGUUAAAUGGUAACUAUUAAAGAAUUUUAUUUUAAAAAAA